AUGUCUGAGCAAGUCAUUCAAGCUAAAGAUAAAAUGGAUACUGCUCAAGUUUUGUUUCAAUCCCAUCCUUUAGGUUCUGAUAUGGCAAGAAGAGAAAGACAAUAUGUUGUUGAAUAUGUUAAGCUAGCUAAAUAUGAAGAGUUUGUUGCCAAAAAACAGUCUAGAAUUAAAUGGUUGGAUUUAGGUUAUUCUAAUACUUCCAUCUUUCAUAAUUCUCUUAAAUUAAGAAGAUCCAAAAACAAUAUCUUAUCUCUUUAUACUAGUGAGAAUGUCAAAUUAGAAGAGGAUCAGGACAUUGCUAAGGAAUGUAUUACUUAUUACUCUGAUUUGUUUGGUAGUGAUCUUAAUGAAGAGGACAACUCUACUUCUUUGUCUAGACUUAGAAUUGAUGCCUAUAUUCAGCAAGAUGAUGUUGUUGACCUUAUAAAGCCUGUAACCAGAGAAGAGGUUGUUGUUGCUCUGCAUUCUAUUGGUUCUAGUAAGGCCCCAGGCCCUGAUGGACCUAUAUCAUGCUGUAAUGUCAUUUAUAAGUGUAUUCCUAAGAUCUUAUCUUUGAGAAUGAAGAAAAUUUUGGGAGGGAUUAUUACCCAAACCCAGUCUGCUUUUAUAUCAGGAAGAUCUAUUCAACACAACAUUAUGGUGGCUCAUGAACUGCAACUUGGUUUUCCUGAAGUUUUCAUUACUUGGAUUUCCUUAUGUAUCAAAACUGCUAAAUUUUCUAUUCUCAUUAAUGGACCUCCUUAUGCUUUUUUUGGGGCCAAGAGAGGAUUGAGGCAAGGUUCUACUGCUGCUGCUUCUAGUCUCAAGAUUGCUUUGGAUGAUUUCAGUGUUUGCACAGGGUUACAGAUUAAUAAUCAGAAAACCUCUUUGUAUUGCUUUGUUGUGCCUGAUGUUAUUUUGCAACAAAUUGUUCAAGUUUUGAAUUGUUCAGUGGGAGAGCUGUCAGUUAGGUACCUUGGAGUUUCUCUUCUAUCUACCAAGCUUUCUUACAGAGAUUGUUUGCCUCUUCUUGAAAGAGUGGAUGAGAGAAUCUAUUCUUGGAAGUCUAUUUCUCUUGCUUAUCCUUGGAGAGCUCUGCCUAUCAAAGCUGUUUUAAGUGGAGGAUUAGGAAUUAAAGAUCUUCUGAAUACUAAUACAGCAGUAAAUCUUAAACAGGAUCCUGUUUCUAGUAAGGAAAUUAUCUGGACUCAUUGGGUUAAGAGUAAUCUUAUUAAAAGUAAAGAUUUUUGGACUAUAUCCAUUCCUCAAGACUCUUCCUGGUAUUGGAGAAGAAUUUUAGAACAUAGAGAAAUUGCUAAGAAUCAUAUUGAAGUUCUUCUAGAUGAGUCUAAAGUGGCUGCUUUUAUAUCUAAUGGUCAUUGGUAUUUCCCUGAUUUUAUGGAAGAGGAAAUACAAGAAGUGGUUCAACAGAUUUCCCUGAGUGACUUCAAUUCUCUGGAGAAGGAUCAAAUCUAUUGGAAUUCUAGUACCAUAAGUCAGUUCUCAAUAAAAGCUACCUAUAUUGCUAUCUCUGAUCAUCUCCCUAAACCUUUUUGGAAUAAUCUUGUUUGGUUUAAGAAACAUAUCCCUAGACAUUCUUUUAUCACAUGGCUUGCCCUGCACAAAAGAUUAAAAACUAGAAGUAAGCUUUUUAAAUGGGGUGUUACUUCUGAUGCUUCAUAUAUUCUUUGUGGUCAUGUUGAGGAAACUGAAAAUCAUCUUUUUCAUGACUGCAUUUCUUCUGCUGGUAUUUGGAGUGGUCUUCUUCUGAAGAUGGGGAUUAUUAAGGAUCCAACAGUGAAUUGGGAUAAUGAGAUUAGAUGGAACAAUAGAGUGUUUAGGGCUCUAUAUGGGUCCCAAGAUCAAGUCAAUACUCUUAUUAUCCAAGAUGUGAGAUUCAAGAUGAUGGCUUCUAUCCAAGAGGAAUCUGAUAACCCUAAUGCCAGAAGUUUCAUGAUGAGAUGGAAUGUGGAAUGUAUCUUUGUCCUUCCUGAGUUCAUUUCCUGCACUUGGUUGUACCCUGAUGAAGAUGAAGUCAUGAUUAAUACAGAUGGAGCUAAAUCUGAUUCUACAGGAGGAUUUGGAGCUAUAACCAGAGAUCAUACAGCUGAGGUUAUUGGUGCUACCAGUGGUGAAAGUCCAAUUAUCUCAGUUCUUGUUCAUGAGUUACAGGGAGUUGAAAUGGGCUUUAUAGCUUGUUAUACAGAAAAAUCAGUUCAAAGUCCAUCUUACUAUUGA